AGCGUUGUAAAAAGGACGUUAUGCCGUCUGCAGUCUUUUGUAGUAUGCUUUUCUCCCUCUACAGUAGGUUUCUAAAUUUCAAACUAAGUUUUGGGUGUUACUGGAGCUCUUUGACUUUCACAGCUGUGUCAUAGCCCAUCGUCCGACGACGCCACACUUGGCCGAUUCAUCUCCCGCCAACGGACGGGUGUCUCGGGGUGCACACGAGUGACGGGUGACCAUGGGGGUGCCUGUUGCACGAUGCGCGAGUGUCCCCCUUUGCAAGUUGACACCAAGCUCUUCAAAGAGGUUGUGCUCAUUUCUAACUCUCACCUUUGCUCUACAUUGUCGCUGACGCUUUCGGAAUCAAAUGGCUUCAUUUUUGGCAAUCUGGCAGCUGCCAAACGUGAUCCGUGGGCUUCCUGUGCAGAGAUGGGACCUUUUUAAGGUCCCAGAGCUGGCGGAAGCAGAGGCAGGGCGGGGCGAUGCAUAGGACACGCAUUUGGAAGAACAUACGGCCCGCGUCUGGUGUGACUGGUGCAAAUCCCCGACUUGGCCCUUCGGUCCUUCGUGCCCCCCGAGUUCUCUGCCUGAGGCCCAGAGGGCAUCACUGGCAUUCGGUGACGGGGCACAUGGCUUAAUGGAGCCCCAGCCUACUCUUCUCUGCCUCCCCUCACCAUUCCUUGUGCUCCUCAAAUGUGCCCUCCUGGGUUGUGAACGUGCCCGCUCGCUUUCCAGAAACAAUGCCGCUUCGUCCAGGAUGUCCCCCUGGCAGCCUCAUGAGACCUAGGGUCCGUUUCCCCCCGGCCCUCUCUGUGCCUGAGUUACAGCCAGAACAUCUCCCAGGUGUCACUUUAGGGAAGAUCAGAAGGUGAAUGUUUCCCCUAAAUCUAUCCAAAAGCCUGGACUCCUUCCUUCGGCAAAGCAAAGCCGUGAGCACCUCCACCCACCUCGGAAACCAGACGCGGCAGCCGUGUCCUGGCUGGAACCUCAGUCCUCACGGCUUGGCCUUGCCUGGGGUGAAACCCCACUUCCUCAGGCCUUUACUAUAAAGAUAAAGGGAUCUUAGGACCCCUUCUUCGACUGGAAAACUCUUCCCUGUCACUUCUUCGCCUGACCAUAACCUUCCCAGGAUUUUUCAGAAUCCAGCUCAGAGCUGCUACCUUCCCAGCCUAACUGCCGCCACCUUGCUCCCAGCUCAUCUGCACGCAUUUGGGCCAGAGCAGGGCUUCGGACAUGCGUGGGUGAGCCUCUUACCCCUGUCCCACUUGGGACGUGCCACCUGCUACUCUUAGCCUCCUGGGGUUUAUGGUGCUCAUUAGCAUAUUAGCAUUGAUUAGCAUAAUAGCCACACAGGCCCCGCAGGCAUGACCCUUGCUUUCAUCUGUUUAGUCUGUUUCCCAAAAGUAUUGAACUUGGUAGUCCCUUCUCUCUCCCCAAAUAACAGCUAUUACUCAUUUGGAAAACACGAUCUGGAAGAUUCUCCUGCUCCUUUCACGUGUCAGUUUGUCCUUGUGGUCUUAUUCUUCUCAGCAAUCAGGCUGUGAUUCCUCUUGCUUUCUAUUUUGUAUUUUCUUUUUAAAUUAAUUAAUUGCUUUAGCAAUCUCUACGGCCAACGCGGGGCUCGAAUUCGCAACCCCAAGAUCAAGAGUCGCCUGCUCUUCCGACUUAGCCAACAAGGCGCCUCUCUGACGUACAAAAAUCAUCCUUUGCGAACUACUUCGGUCCAGAGUAACCACCCCAGAGGGGUUGAAUUGAAUGAAUGCAUGUACUCGGGAAUGAGUGAAUGAGUGAAUGAGUGAAUGAAUGAAUGAAUGAAUUGAACAGUCAGUCAAUUGGCUGGUCAUCCAGCUGUGAAGCAGUCAGAAACUGCCGGGUCACUGUAUCCUGGGGACACACUGCUAUCUGGCCAGUGUCAGACCCUCUCCACAGUGGAAUGACUCACUCUCCCGCAUUAGGCUCUGGUAAUUUUCUUUUUAGGCGUCUCUCUCCCGGUGAGACGGGGAGCCCCUGCAGGGCAGGGACCACAUCACCUUCACCUCUCUGUAUUCCCCACAAGUGGGUACACAGUCCCUGGUUGCUGAAUGACAUCUCUCCUCUGACUCCUUCCAGAGGGAUCUAGAACACUGUGGUUAAACCUGCAGGCUUUGGAGCCAGACUGGAUGAGUCUCUAACUACCCGGGUCACCUCAGGCAAAUUACUUCAUCUCUGUACUUCAGUUUCCCUAGCCAGCCGGGGGUGAUAACAGUAUCUUCCUUACCAGGUUGUUGGGGGACUAUGUGAGUUAAUGUGUGUAAAGCACAUGAAAUAUGCCCGCCACGGAGGGCAGUGCUGGCCUGUGCUGGUGCCGGGAACCACAGUAACCAGGGACUGUGAUGUGAGCUCUCCGUGCAUCAUCUCAGGGACCAGGAAUCCGGGCAGCCGGAUCAUCUGCGUUACCCCGGGGCACCUCCCCUACCUCCUCACCUACGAUCGCCCCCACUGAGAACCCGAUGGGCUCUUUUACCCUCCGUCCUUCCCAAAAGAUGGGAAUCCAAGGCACUGCACGGGCGGAUCGGAAGUGCGCGUGUGCACAGACGAGAGCGAGUGUAAGCGAGCGAGAAUGAGUUCUUUGAGAGGCCUGGGGGGCGCCAUCGCCUUCGUGGCAGACGCAGGGACACAAAGAUGUUGAGGCAGGAUGGGGAGAAUACGCAGGAAAAAAAAAAAAUCACCUGUGAAUCAGCAAUGCUGCAGAACUGGCAGAAGCCAAUUUGGUUGUCCCUGGCCCUGGGCCAGCAGUACACCUCGCUGGGCUCGCAGCCCCUGCUCUGCGGCUCCAUCCCAGGCCUGGUCCCCAAGCAGCUGCGCUUUUGCCGAAAUUACAUCGAGAUCAUGCCCAGCGUGGCCGAAGGCGUGAAGCUGGGCAUCCAGGAGUGCCAGCACCAGUUCCGGGGCCGCCGCUGGAACUGCACCACCAUAGACGACAGCCUGGCCAUCUUCGGGCCCGUCCUAGACAAAGCCACCCGCGAGUCGGCCUUCGUGCACGCCAUCGCCUCUGCCGGCGUGGCCUUCGCCGUCACGCGCUCCUGUGCCGAGGGCACCUCCACCAUCUGCGGCUGCGACUCGCAUCACAAGGGGCCGCCAGGCGAGGGCUGGAAGUGGGGCGGCUGCAGCGAGGACGCCGACUUCGGGGUGCUCGUGUCCCGGGAGUUCGCGGACGCGCGCGAGAACAGGCCGGACGCGCGCUCGGCCAUGAACAAGCACAACAACGAGGCGGGCCGCACGACCAUCCUGGACCACAUGCACCUCAAGUGCAAGUGCCACGGGCUGUCAGGCAGCUGCGAGGUCAAGACCUGCUGGUGGGCCCAGCCCGACUUCCGUGCCAUCGGCGACUUCCUCAAGGACAAGUACGACAGCGCCUCCGAGAUGGUGGUGGAGAAGCACCGCGAAUCCCGCGGCUGGGUGGAGACCCUCCGCGCCAAGUACGCGCUCUUCAAGCCGCCCACCGAGAGGGACCUGGUCUACUACGAGAACUCCCCCAACUUCUGUGAGCCCAACCCCGAGACGGGCUCCUUUGGCACCAGGGACCGGACUUGCAAUGUCACCUCCCAUGGCAUCGAUGGCUGCGACCUGCUCUGCUGUGGCCGCGGCCACAACACGAGGACGGAGAAGCGGAAGGAGAAAUGUCACUGCAUCUUCCACUGGUGCUGCUACGUGAGCUGUCAGGAGUGCAUCCGCAUCUACGAUGUACACACCUGCAAGGCAGUGGGAACGGGUGAAGCGUGUGGCUGGGCAGAUUCACCGAAGUCCCAUGGGAAGCAGGACCUGGAGCCGGGCUCAGCCCUCAGCACCAGACAGCAAGGAACCCGGACUGUUGCCAGACGCCCGUGCGGUAAAUUACCUGGACCCGAGCCGCCCGCUGACGGGGAGGCCCCCCUCGCGCUCUCUCUUAAGUCUCUCACCCUGCUCUGGAUGGUGUGUGGUUUUUAAAGAAGGGGCUUUCUCUUUAGUUCUCUAGGGUCUGAUAGGAACGGACCCCAGGCUUCUCUUUGCACAUGUUAAAGAAAAUAAAAAAUGGAAAAAAAAAAAAAAUUCUACUCCGACAGAACAGGCUGGGCUACCGUGAGCUCUCUGCCCGGUGGUGAAGACUUCAGCACAGGCAAGAUUCUGUUUCCAGACCGCUCCUUCUGGUGAUGCGCCAAGACGCCCGUGAGGUGGGAGUUACGAAGUAGGACAGACCCCUGCAGUCUCCUUUUCUCCGUCUCCUCCUGUGCAAAUCUGAUGUCCUUCCACAUUCUGACAAAAGCCAUAGGUUGAGCUAGGAUAAAGUGGUAGGGAGGCCCAAGGCGAUUGUGGGAGUAGGAUUUUGAGUUUUGAAGAACCAGGAGCGCUGGGUGGCCUGGUAAGCUGUUUGAAAAGCAGCUGUGUGUUCUGUCUCGUUUUCUCUGUAACCCGGUUCUGCACAAGAGGCAGGCAGAGCCGCUCCCCCUCUUGUUGCCCAUUCUGCGGUUUCCACCAGUAACGCGGGACGGUGGGGUUGUUUUGCUUGUUUUGUUUUUGUUGGUUUUCAGAGGAUGAUGUAAAUAGGUUAUGUUUCAAGGGGGCCGGCCUUCUGCAGCUCCAGUAGCUUCCUAAAGCAACAAGUGGUACCUUUAGACGGGGCCGUUCAAUCCCUCCCAGCCCGGCUCACCGGCAGAUUCUCCACAAAAACAAGUCCAGGUAGAGUGGCUGGGAGUCUAGGCCACCUUGGUAGAAGUUAGACAAAGGGUCAGGGAGUGGCGAUCUGGUCCCGAAGUUCCAAUUUGGCGACUCGUAGACGGUGGGGGGGGGGGGGGCGGGGGGGAGGUUAAAAGUCACUCCUUCGUCUCCUCUCUGAAGCAGACACGUCUUCUGGCCUCCUUUCCUUUCUUUGGCCUGUGUGGGUAAACAGAAGCGCCGAGUUCUUUAACACGCACCCUCCGGCCUCGCCCGCACGCGGACACCGCACCCAUCCGCGCAGUUACCAAGGAUCAGGGUUGGGUGUCCGAAGCGGGGCAAGCGGUCACUCGGUCCCUCGGGUAAAGCCUCUCACGGCCGAGUUCCCCUUGCUCUAUGCUGGUCCUCUGGCGCGUCCUGAAGGAGGCUAGCAGGAUGGAGGCAGGCGGAUCGGACAGUAUGAAUCGAUGCAGCUGUGUCUUAAGGAGAAUCGGGAAGAAUAGUCCAGAACAAAGUCGUUUCUUCCUUUUCUCCCUUCUCUCUCUGGUCUGCCUCACGCUGACCUAAGGUUCCGGGGUCUUCCCGCUUGCCCAGGCAGGCUUGCCACCACCAUCUAGAAGCCAUGCCCGCCCUCUUGAAUCCGCUGGCAACGAGCCCUGAUAAAGAUCCACACCCCAUCCCCUCUCCAGAGAGUCUGAAAUGCCCCUCCCCACCUCACCUUAGACUGAAGUUUUAAAUCAUGUCAACCAGAUGAUGCUUGCUUUAUGUGAGAAUUAUUUCAGCAGAAUGGAUACAAAUUUUCAAAAACAGUCUUUUCAUAUCUAUGUAUUCUAUAUUAAAAGUGAUAAAGUCAUGUUUCUGGGGCGUA